UGAAACCGAGGCAGCCUACCCAGCCACGAUGCUGGUGAAGAAACACGCAGGGAAAGGAGGGGGCCGGGAGCUGGGUGCCGAGGGCCCCGGCCCCAUCGGACAGCGCUGUGCCCGGACCGUGCCCCCGUGCGCGGCCCUGGCAGCCCUCCUGUCGGUGGUGGCCGUAAUGUCUUGUUUGUACCUGGGGGUGAAAACCAACGAUCUCCAGGCGAGGAUCGCCGCUCUCGAAUCCGCCAAAGGGGACCCUUCCGUCCGUCUGCUUCCUGAUUGCCUGGAUCAGCUCAAAGCAGUGGUGCAUGAGAAAGUGGAGCGACUUCUGGCUCAGAAAUCCUAUGAACAUAUGGCUAAAAUAAGAAUCGCAAGAGAAGCACCUUCAGAGUGCAACUGCCCGGCAGGCCCUCCGGGGAAGCGAGGUAAGAGGGGCCGAAGAGGAGAGUCUGGUCCUCCUGGUCAGCCUGGUCAUCAGGGCCCUCCUGGUCUAAAAGGUGAUAAGGGAGAACAAGGUGAUCAGGGACCUCGGAUGGUGUUUCCUAAAAUCAAUCAUGGGUUUCUCUCUGCUGAUCAGCAGCUCAUUAAACGCCGCCUGAUUAAGGGUGACCAAGGGCAGGCUGGUCCUCCAGGCCCUCCAGGCCCUCCAGGCCCAAGAGGGCCUCCUGGGGACACAGGGAAAGAUGGCCCCCGUGGAAUGCCAGGAGUGCCCGGUGAACCAGGGAAACCAGGAGAACAAGGCUUGAUGGGUCCUCUGGGGCCUCCAGGACAAAAGGGUUCUGUUGGAGCACCUGGAAUUCCAGGGGUAAAUGGGCAAAAGGGUGAGCUUGGGUUGCCUGGAGCAGGAGGACAGAACGGAAUACCAGGACUAAAGGGAGAACCUGGAGAACAAGGAGAAAAGGGAGAUGCUGGAGAGGAUGGCCACAAAGGUGAUACAGGCGAAAAGGGUGACCCUGGAUCGUCUGCUGCAGGAAUUAAGGGAGAACCUGGAGAAUCUGGCCGUCCAGGGCAGAAGGGUGAACCAGGGCUUCCUGGGCUUCCUGGACUUCCGGGGAUAAAGGGAGAACCAGGUUUCAUUGGUCCUCAAGGAGAACCAGGCUUACCAGGGUUACCAGGAACAAAGGGUGAACGUGGGGAGGCAGGGCCUCCUGGAAGAGGGGAGCGAGGGGAGCCUGGUACCCCUGGACCAAAGGGGAAACAAGGUGAAUCAGGAACUAGAGGCCCAAAGGGGUCAAAGGGUGAUCGUGGAGACAAAGGGGACUCUGGAGCCCUGGGACCGAGGGGCCCACCUGGCCAAAAGGGUGAUCAAGGAGCCACCGAGAUCAUAGACUACAAUGGCAACCUCCACGAAGCCUUGCAGAGGAUUACCACCUUAACUGUCACGGGUCCCCCUGGACCACCUGGACCUCAAGGACUGCAAGGGCCAAAGGGAGAGCCAGGAUCUCCAGGAAUUCCAGGAGCUGAUGGAGAGCAGGGACUCAAAGGCUCAAAGGGAGAUACGGGGGACCCAGGUAUGCCAGGUGAAAAAGGAGGAAUUGGACUUCCUGGGUUACCGGGUGCCAAUGGGAUGAAAGGAGAAAAAGGAGACUCUGGAUUGCCAGGUCCUCAGGGACCUUCCAUCAUAGGCCCACCAGGCCCACCAGGUCCCCAUGGCCCACCAGGCCCCAUGGGACCCCAUGGACUUCCUGGACCAAAGGGUGAACCAGGGUUAAAUGGUGUUAAAGGAUUGAAGGGUGAACCAGGUCAAAAGGGUGACAGAGGACCCCUUGGUCUUCCAGGAGCAUCUGGCUUAGACGGAAAGCCAGGAUCCAGGGGUACAGAUGGCCCUAUGGGACCCCAUGGCCCUGCAGGUCCCAAAGGAGAAAGAGGUGAAAAGGGAGCUGUGGGAGAGCCUGGACCCAGAGGGCCCUAUGGUCUGCCUGGGAAAGAUGGAGAGCCUGGUCUUGAUGGCUUCCCUGGUCCACGAGGCGAGAAGGGUGAUCUCGGAGAAAAGGGAGAAAAGGGGGAAAAGGGAAAGAAAGGCAAAAAGGGGCCUAAAGGGGAGAAAGGAGAACAGGGUGCUCCUGGAUUAGAUGCACCGUGCCCGUUGGGGCCAGAUGGAUUACCCAUGCCCGGCUGUUGGCAAAAGUGAUGACUCUAACCUUCCAAGCAUGAAGUUGUGUGUAUAUAAUGGUCCACUUUUUAUAUUUAUAGUUGAAAAUCAAUUACAGAUUUUACAAGUCUGAGAUAUGUUUACAUAUAGCCGC